AUGGAAGCUGAAAUAGUGAUGCAUACAGGAGGUUGCCAUUGUAAGAGUGUAAGGUGGAAAGUGGCUGCUCCUUCCAGUGUGGUGGUGUGGGACUGCAACUGCUCAAUCUGCUACAUGAGAGGCAAUGCUAACUUCACUGUACCUGCUGACAAAUUUAAGCUUUUGGGAGAUUCUGCUGAGUUUCUUACAACUUACACGUUUGGCACCCAUACUGCAAAGCACACAUUUUGCAAAAUAUGUGGUAUAACUUCAUUCUAUUAUCCACGUUCAAACCCAGAUGGGGUUGCUGUAACAAUCAGAUGUGUUGACCAUGGAACAUUGAGAAUCUAUGAAGUCAAGAAUUUUGAUGGGAAGAAUUGGGAGCGUUCAUAUAAUGAGUCCGGCAUAGCUUCUUGCUCAAAGGUGCAGAAGUAA